UUUUCAGAUCUCAUUCCUCUUAAAACGUGUCAAAUAACUACCGUAACCAUAUGUACAUUUGAAUUCUACUUUUAUUCACAACAAAAAAUGAUGCAUUCAUCGAUAACACGAACUAUUUAUCACAAUAGCAAUGUCAAUUUAGGACCUUCUUUAUUAAACAACGAAUGCUCAAAGCUCCAAUAUAGAGAAGAAGUCGUCGGUGUAACUCUUACAAAACUUGAAUUGACACUUGUUCUAACGAUGUACAUAGCUGCUGUCGUCAUUCUUGUUGUCUUAUUCGAAUUGCUUAAACCGUCGAUUUCUGCUCAUUUGAUGGGAUCCAAUUAGAUUUAUAUUUUAACAAUAAUUCAAAUUACAACGGGUUAUUCAAUUAAAAAGCUUCGCAGAUUGUAAUUUUUCUGAAACCUCCCGGUGCCUACUUUUGGAAUAAAUACUUCUGCAAUGUAGAAUUAUCCUCUUGGAAAUUGUUUUCUGUUGCAAAAUCGGUAAUAAAAUGUAAAAA